AUGCUCGGCCUGUGCCUUUACGUCCCCGUGUCCAACUCAGACCCGGUUGAAGUGGAAUAUUUUGAAUCUAACGGACUGCCGUCGGAACUGAAGUCCCUCUUUAACAAACUGAGCGUGUUCCUUCCGUCGCAGGAGUUUUCAACCUACCAAAGGUGGCGAAAGAAAACCUUAAAAGGGGAAGAAAAUAAUGCAGAUGGACAGCUGGACUUUGAGGAGUUUGUUCACUAUCUGCAGGACUAUGAGAAAGAUCUGAAGCUUGUGGUGAAAAGUCUCAACAAGAAGAAUGCAGGCCACGUUGAUCCUAAUGAGUUCAUGCAGUCUCUUAAGGACCUCGGUGUGCAUAUUUCCAUGCAGCAUGCAGAGAAAGCCCUUAAGAGCAUGGAUAAGAAUGGAAUGAUAACAAUCAGCAGUGAAGACUGGAGCAACUUCCCCUUGGUGGAGAAGACUGAGAACAUUCCUGAGAUCAUCCUCUACUGGAAACACUCCACGAUCUUCGAUGUAGGCGAGAACCUUAUGGUGCCUGAUGAGUUCACUGUAGAGGAGAAGCAGACUGGGAUGUUGUGGAGGCACUUGGUCGCAGGUGGAGGAGCUGGAGCCGUUUCAAGGACCUUCACCGCUCCCCUGGAUCGACUCAAAGUCAUGAUGCAGGUUUAUGGCUCUCGAACCAACAACAUGUGCAUCAUGAGCGGGAUGAUGCAGAUGAUCAAAGAGGGUGGUGUGAAGUCGCUGUGGCGAGGAAACGGUGUCAACAUCCUCAAAAUUGCCCCCGAGUCAGCCCUCAAGUUCAUGGCGUAUGAGCAGAUCAAACAACUAAUCUGCAGCGAAAAGGAGACUCUGAGCAUCGUGGAGCGAUUUGUUGCCGGGUCUCUGGCCGGAGUGAUCGCCCAGAGCACCAUCUACCCCAUGGAGGUCUUGAAAACCCGUCUUGCUCUGAGGAAGACCGGGCAGUACUCGGGUAUCUUAAACUGUGCAAAGCAGAUUAUCAGGAAGGAAGGACUUGCAGCGUUUUAUAAAGGCUACGUCCCCAACAUGUUGGGCAUCAUCCCCUAUGCAGGCAUCGACCUGGCAGUGUAUGAGACACUAAAGAACCACUACCUGCAGCAGUACGGCACCAACGACACCAACCCGGGCGUGUUCGUCCUGCUGGCCUGCGGCACAGUGUCCAGCACCUGCGGUCAGCUCGCCAGUUAUCCUCUGGCGCUGGUCCGCACCCGCAUGCAAGCACAAGCUGCAACAGGGGGCAACCAGCAGGUGACAAUGUCUGGUUUCUUCAAGCAGAUCUUGCAGACCGAGGGCCCGACGGGGCUCUACAGAGGCCUGGCCCCCAACUUCCUCAAAGUCAUCCCUGCCGUCAGCAUCAGCUACGUGGUGUAUGAGCACAUGAAGACACAGCUGGGAGUGAAAUCGCGCUGAAACCAGCCCUCUCAUUGUCAUGUUACUUCUAAGCUUGAAUGUGACAAGCGGACCUUUGGCCCCGCUGGGGGUUUGUGGGACGAUCUCAUUCUGUGAAUGUCAGCUGACGAAAGACGAGAAAGGCCACUUGGAAAGGCCAAGGUGGAGGUUAUGGACUCUGUGAGCUCAGGAUGUCAGGAUUGUGACUGCUGCUAUUUGUUUUUUAAAUAAGUUUGUGUUAAGAGCUGAAACGAAAAACGUUGUAUGGAUGUGGGUAAUUUGUUAAUCGAGGACCAAAUGGUUUUUGCUCUUUCUACAAUUUUUGAGUUUUGGUGCCUGAGCAAGUGUCUUUUUUUUUUUUUUAUUUUUUUUUUGUGUGUGUGACACUAAGCUUUGGUCGGUCAGUUCAAUGCAUCACCAGCAUUAGUGUUACACAACUCUACUGAAAACGACUCCUAUUCAGAGCACUAUUUACAUGGCAGAUAGCAUAGCAUUUAUUGAGCUCUUUUGAAAAGUUGUAUUUAACAGUUAUGUCUAUAGUAAGAAAUGAUCCUCCCUAAAGGAGAGGAUUUUGCACAUGUUGAGUUUGCUCUCUCUCCACCCCUUUCCCAGAUGAAUGAAUGAUUGGAUGACAAGAAUUUGUGACAGACAAUGGAGUAUUUAUUUCCAUCCGUCCUAUAUUUAUUGUUUUUAUUGUCUAGGAGAGAGGGAGAGGACUUACAAUGCUGCAUGCUUCCUGUCUGCAGAGCCAAAUGUGCGAUUUGAUAACUGUUGAAAUGCAGUGAGUGUUUUCAGGGUGGGAAAUGAACACCAGGCAACAGCCUUAACAUGUGGCUAUGAAACACUAAAUAUAGUUGUCUGAAAUGUUUUGAACAAGGUUGGAGUUUGUACUCCUUAAGCACUGUAGAUGAGGUUUGAGACUUAAAAAUAACUGUUCAGAUUAUGUGUAGAUGGUUUUGCCUUUAAAGGUAUAAAUGUCUUAAUGUUGACCUCAGGUUAAGGGCAGAUGUUUAAUUCACAGAAAAGCAGUUAUUUUUUUCUUAUCCCAUCUAUACUUGGAUAAACAAGGGCUUUGAAAAGGAUUAGCAACAUAAUGCACUUUAAUCAAUGCUUGAAGGGCCUCUGAAUGAAUCUGAAUUCAAUCCAGGUAUUAGGAUUUAAUUCUUUUGUAAAGGAGUUUUAGUCUUGUUUUAAUGGACCAUUUUGAUGCAAAUAAAAAAUGCAAAUUCUU